UCUCUAUGGGUCCCUAUGGCUCCCUAUGGGAUCUCUAAAGGGAGCCGCAGUAAUGUGGGGUCUCUGUCCCCCCCCCCCCCACAGCCCCCCCUGCUGUCGGCGGCGCCGUUCUGCAGCCUGGAGCAGCUCCGGCAGCGCCCGGCACACCUGGCGGCCUUCCUGCUGCACUGCCUGCUGCAGUUCGAGCCCGGCCCCGCGCCCCUCCGGGUUCCCGUGCCCCCCCACGUGCAGCAGGAACUCGGUGAAGCGCACGCGCCCGAGCUCCUGGCGGAAGAGGCUCAGCGGCGCUGCCUUCGCGAGCUUCAAGCCUGGCAGGCCGGAGUCACCCGGCAGCUGGAGGAUUUCCGGGCGAAACGGGUGAUGGGCAUGACGCCCGGCGAAGCGGAGCUGGCGGAACUGGACGCGCUGCCGACACGUGACCCCGCCCGCGAGCGCCAAUUGGCGGAGACGCUGCUGAGCCGCCUGGAGGACAUGCACGCCUCCAUAUCUCCGGAUGAGGAGAAGAGCGCGGCGGCGGUGGCAGCGGUCUGUGCCUACCUGAGGCUGUUGGGGGUGAAGGCGAAGGGCGGCGCCGACGCCAAGAAGCCCAAAGGGCACUUCUUCCGCAAGAAGCUGCCGGGGGGGCGGAAGGCGGAGGAGGCGAAGUCCAAAAGGGGUUUUUCAUUGGCGGGGGCGGCGCUGUGGGGCAGAGAUGGUUCUGAUGGCCGUCAGAGCAAAACCCCCGAAAAUGAAGGAGAGAGGGAGAAGGCGGAAGGGGGGGUCGUGGGGGGGCGCCCCCCCAAAAACGGGGACCCCCCCCCCGGGAACGGCUGUGAGCGCUGCGAUAACAGCGGAGGGGAAUGCAGGACAGGUCGGACCCCCCCGGUGACGCCGUCCCCCCCCCGGAGCCCCCCCAUAAUGAACAGCGCAACGAUGAGGGGGGGGGCGACGGCGACAGGAAACGCAUCAGCCCCGAACCCUUUGGGCCGGGAGGGGACGAAGCUCCGCCUCCCCCCCCCCCCCCCACCUCCACCACCGCCUCCUCCGUCUCCUCCGCCGCCGCCUUCGCCUCCCUUUACCGGACCGGAAACGGAAGCGCCGUCGGAUCCCGGAUCGGCACCGGGAAUGGAGGCGGAACCGGAACCGGAACCGCCGUCGUGGCGCAGUAUGGCGGACCCGGCGGCGCUGAGCGCCAUGGCCAAAGGGGAGCUGCGGCGCCAGGAGGUCAUCAACGAGCUGCUGGUGACGGAGCACACCCACGUGCAGAUGCUGCGGGCGCUGCUGGAGCUGUUCUAUCAGCCCAUGCUCCGCCUCGGCUUCUUCACCGAGAGCGAAUUGGCCAACAUCUUCCCCAGCCUCGAGGACCUCCUGGAUGUGCACGCGGUGUUCCUGGAGAGCCUGAAGAAGCGCCGUGAGGAGAGCGGCUUCAUCAUAGCGCGCAUCGGGGACCUCCUGCUGGCGCGGUUCGAUGGCGCCGAGGGCCGCUGGUUCCAGAAGCUGUCCGCCCGCUUCUGCAGCCGUCAGUCCUUCGCUUUGGAGCAGCUGAAGGCGAAGCAGCGCCGCGACGCGCGAUUCUCUCACUUCGUGGCCGAGGCCGAGGCUCAGCCGCGGUGCCGCCGCCUGCAGCUGAAGGAUAUGAUCCCCAUUGAGAUGCAGCGCCUCACCAAAUACCCACUGCUGCUGCACAGCAUCACCGCCUGCACCGAGGAGGCGGAGGACCGUUCCCGCGUCCAACAGGCGGCCGAAUGCUGCCGGGAAAUCCUAAACCGGGUCAACCAGGAGGUGCGGGACAUGGAGAACCUCAUGAAGCUGAAGGACUACCAGCGCCGCUUGGAUUUGUCCAACCUGAAGCAGAGCUCCGACCCACUGCUCAGCGACUACAAGAAUUUGGAUAUGACGAAGCGAACGCUGCUGCACGAAGGGCCGCUCAUAUGGCGCAUAUCCCGGGACAAAGCAGUGGAGGUGCAGGCGCUGCUGCUGGACGAGGUGCUGCUGCUGCUGCAGCGCGUGGAGGAGCGGCUGAUGCUCCGCCCACACAGCCGAGGCCCCGCCCCCCCCGACGGCCGCCGCCUCCUCAGCCCCAUCGUCCCACUGCGCAGCGCCAUGGCGCGCCAGGUGGCCACAGACCCCCGCGCCUUCUAUGUGAUCAGCAGCUGGGAGCAGGGAGCGCAGAUCUAUGAGUUGGGGGCCGCCUCCAUCGCUGAGCGCAAAGCGUGGUGCCAUGCUCUGAGCCACGCUGCGGGAGCGCUGCGACCCCCCCUGGGCACACAGAGCCGCCCCAGAGCCGCGGGGGGGGGGCGGAGAGAAGGACAGCACUGCCGACCCCCACCUGAAGGAGGCGCCGCCGUCGGACGGUGGGGGCCAAAUUUGGGGUCGAUUUGGGGCCGAUUUGGGGCAAUUUGGGGG